GCGGCCCCAUGGGAUGGAGGCUCGGGGCGGGACCGGGCGGGGCUCGGUGAGGGGAAAGGACGCCGAGGCGCCGCAGACUUUGGAUCCGGCGGCCCCGGCCUUCGGGGCGGAGCAGCCGGGCCGGGCGCCUGCGGGAGCUUCGGUGUCGGCAGCGCUGGGGGCCCGGCGCUCGGCGCGACCCCCGCGCGCCUGGUGUUGCACAGGCCCGCAGAAUAUGGCGCCGUGGACGUUCUGGCGCUGCUGUCAGCGCGGCGUGGGCUGGGUGCCGGUGCUCUUCAUCACCUUCGUGGUCGUCUGGUCCUACUACGCCUACGUGGUGGAGCUCUGCGUGUUUACUCUUUAUGGAAACAGAGAAUACGGAAAGGCCGUUGUUUACCUCGUGGCUUUCCAUCUGUUUUUUGUUAUGUUUGUAUGGUCCUAUUGGACGACAAUUUUCACGGCUCCCGCUUCCCCCUCCAAAGAGUUUUAUUUGCCCAAAUCUGACAAGGAACGGUAUGAAAAAGAAUUUAACCAAGAAAGACAACAAGAAAUUUUGAGAAGGGCAGCAAGGGACUUACCUAUCUACACUGCAUCAGCUACAAGGACGAUUCGAUAUUGUGAAAAAUGUCAGUUGAUCAAACCUGACCGAGCACACCACUGCUCAGCAUGUGACCGAUGUAUUCUUAAGAUGGAUCAUCACUGUCCUUGGGUGAAUAACUGUGUAGGAUUUUCUAAUUACAAAUUCUUCCUGCUGUUUUUAUUUUAUUCCUUAUUAUAUUGCCUUUUUGUGGCUGCAACAGUUUUACAGUACUUUAUAAAAUUUUGGACGCUUUGCCGCAGGAAAUCUCCAGAGAGUUGUCCCAAGAAUGAACCUACAGAUACACGUGCCAAGUUCCACAUCCUUUUUCUUUUCUUUGUGUCUACAAUGUUCUUCAUCAGCGUCCUGUCACUCUUCAGUUACCACUGCUGGCUAGUCGGGAAAAAUAGAACAACAAUAGAAUCAUUCCGUGCACCUACAUUUUCAUAUGGACCUGAUGGAAAUGGUUUUUCCCUUGGACACAAUAAAAAUUGGAGACAAGUCUUUGGUGAUGAAAAGAAAUAUUGGCUGCUUCCAGUAUAUUCCAGUUUGGGUGAUGGUUGCAGUUUUCCAACUCGUCUUGUGGGGAUGGAUCCGGAACAAGCUACACACCAGAAUGAAUUUGCUAGAAGUAUUGGCUCAAAUCAACCCUUUCCUAUCAAACCACUUAGUGAAUCAAAAAAUCGGUUGUUGGACAGUGAAUCUCAGUGGAUGGAGAAUGGAUCUGAAGACUCUAUUAUCAGACCAGGGACAAAUAACCAUGUUACAGUGGCAAUAGAAAAUUGAGUACUACUUGUUCAUAACUAACCAUUUGAAUAAGAGCAAGGUUUAUAAGAACAUUAUGGAUUGAUAUUUUCAUUUUCUUUCACAAGAAAAUAAUCUGUGAGGUGAAACGAUUGAAGUAUAAUAGAAGAUGUAUUUUUUGAAAAGGAAGCCUUUGGACAGAUUGCCGGACCCACGGGACUACUCCAGAGCAGGAAGAAUGCCUUAAUCUUAAUGCCUAUUUGUGCAACACUGAUUUGAAGCUACAAAAGUGACUUUAUUUUGGAAAUAACACUUGCCUGUUAUGAAAUGCUAUGAGUUACCAAAUCACAUGUUAACAUGACACAUGUAUUUUUUGAUACCAGGAUCGCAUUAUUAAAAUUGUUUCUUAGUAUUCAUACAAAUUUUCACUCCAGAAACGCAAGUUGAAGUCUUGUCAGAAGUGAAGUGUAUCUAGUACAUUGUCUGAACGUGAAUAAUAAUAGGCCAUUUAAGUAUUGCUUGUACUGUGUAUGGAAAGAAAAUAUUUGUUUUUUUAAUUGGAUGAUUGCUACUUUUUAAUUACUGUUUUCUACUUGUCAGCAUUUUUAAUAAAGUUUUGUAUUGUUGGCAAAAAUAACAUUCAGAAGGUUUCAGAUAUAUAAAUAUAAUAAUUAAAGGCAUGGGACACUUUUGUAUAAUUCAUUGAAGCCCACAUUUUCAACAUUAUUACAAUGAUAUAAUUUGAUAUGUUGCCCAAGACAAAGGAAAUACAGCCAGUAUAAAAAAUAUUUUUGGUUCUCUCUGCUUUUGGAUAACUUUGUUAAACUUUUAUGAGUAAAUUUCUAUGAGCAAAGAAAGUCCUGGUACCUGUGCUAGGGAAAUCAAUCACAGGUGGAAUAUGUAGAAAUGGCCAGAAGAAAAGUAGAGAGAAAUUUUCUACGGGCUAUUGUGAGCUGUUAAAAAGUAUUUUCAAUCCUGGGAUGUAUGCAGUGGCAGAUCACAUAUCUUGCAUGGAUUUGGCUAUAGAUUCAAUCCCUUGCCUCCCAAAAUAAAGAUUUUUUUUCAGCCCUGAGUAUGUAGAAUGGCAACUCACUGUUGAGUUUGCUUUCCAAUAUCAAUUUAGGUAUUGACCAAAAGUUACUUUGAAACUUUAAACAGUGACUUAAAACACUUGAACAAGCAUAAGCUUCCCUAAGAAAUGGGUUUGGGGGCUGGAGCAAUAGCACAGCGGGUAGGGCAUUUGCUUUGCAUGCGGCCAACCCGGGUUCGAUUUCCAUCAUCCCAUAUUGUCCCCUGAGCACCGUAAGGGGUGAUUCCUGAGUGCAGAGCCAGGAGUAACCUCUGUGCAUUGUCAGGUGUGACCCAAAAAGAAAAAAAAAAAAAGAAAGAAAGAAAUGGGUUUGAUCUUAAAUGCAAAAUGUUAAAUCGAUUUUUUUUUUCUAUUUGGUUUUUGGACCACGUUGGGUGGUACUCAGCUGUCAGCCCAUGUGAUGCCAGGAACAAAGGCAGGCCUCCUGCAUGCAAAGCAUGCACCCUAAAACACCAAGGACUUUGCUGCCUAGACAAGUUUCGCUCUUUUCCUUUUGAAAUCCAGUAGGUAGCAGGAAUUACUGAAUCCAUUCAUUCUAAAAAUAUAUACUUAUAGAGAAGGCAGAAAUGUUACUCUGUUACUUGUUUUUGUUGUUUACUUAAACACAAAACUCUUGCUUUCAAUAGUAGAUAAAGAUAAAUCUAACCAGCGUAAGUUUCAGUAAUUAUAAUUUGCCAUGUCAGUGGGAUAAGCUGUUACAAAUGAACUGUCUGGAUAACCUGUAACACUGUGUGAUUCCUCAUUUUUUUUUUUCACCAUAACCUUCACCUUAAACUGGGAAGACAGAUGACUCAGGAGAGGGCUGAACAUUGUUUUCCAUGCAGGAGCCCUCAGUUUGCCCGUUACCUCAUGGUCCCUUAGCACCCAGCAACCCCCGAGCACUAAGCCAGGAGUAGUCCUCAGAAUAAAGAACCUUGCUUUUCUUUCAUCUAGCAAAUAUUUUUGAAGCACCUGUGUACUAGGAAUAGCUUUGAAUUUUGUCAUGUAGCAUAAAUUUUUUCAUCAGCUAUUCCAAGUGUGCAAUUUAUAAUAUUUGUCUAAUUCCAUUGGUUAUUCUAAAUCCUUAUUUUACACAAGUAACUUUUCCCUUUUGAACCAAAAAAAUGAGCUAUCUUUGAAAAGAGGAAUUGGAAUACUAUAUUAUGGACUCUUCACCCUUCACCUCUGUAGUCUUAAUAAUCACAGUUCUAGAAAGCUUAAGUGUGAGAGUUAAGCAGAAUCACUUAACCAACCUUAAGAAUCACUUCAGUCUGCAUUAUUACAAAGACACAGUGAGUACUGAAACUUGGUUAAUCUCAGAAGUAUUCUACACACUGUGAGCUUUCCUACUCAUCAUUAACAACUGAGGAGACAUCAUUUUUUCCUUUAAUUCAGGCAUUAUUAUGGUAUAUAAUCUUGUUCAGAUUUUAUAAUUUGUUAAAUAAUAACAAAGUGAAUACCUUUCCAGAAACUGUUACUAAAGCCUUUUAGUUACUUAUUGUCUUAUAACCAAUAUUUUGUCACAUUCUAAAGGUGAAUCCAAGUUUAUUAAUAUAUGUGUGAAUGAUCUUUUAGCAAAGUUGUACAAGUAAUAUGAAAAUCAGGGAAGGCUACCUCUUUGGUAUUUGGGAUUGCUAAGUGCUACCAGCUCUUUGAAGUGAAAAGGGCAAGAUGAAACCGUGUCAAAAUUUAUGAGAAUUCUUUUUAGUUCUUCAAACAUUUGGACAGUCAUGAUGAUAUGUAAGGGAAAUAAAUUUACUUGAAUAUUUAAUACCUAAGGCAUUUGACUAGUAUCACUAUGGCAAAAAGCAGCUGCAGUAUAGUAGUUAUUAAACAUGAAUAUGUUUACAAAGUUUAAUUUCAUCUUUAUAUAUGGAUGCUAUUUUAAAACCUUUUUACAGGGGCCAGGGAUGCAACUUUGGUAGAGUGCUUACCUUGCAUGUGUGAGGCCCUGGGUUUGAGCCUCAGCACUGCAAAUAAAUAAAAUAUUUUUACAGUUAGUGCUUAUAAUUCAUUUACAUAAGCAACUUUAACUAUAGGACUAGUUUAAGUCAGAUAUGCAAUAUUUACUUGAAUUUCAUUUCUGUUGGAAAGCAGAUUUUGAUGUUUACAAAAUUGUUUGAAAGUUGUCAAAUGUAAUUCCCAUUCACUAGUCUUUAAAGCAAAUGUAUUAAAGGGCUUAGUGUGGGUAUAUGCGUAUUUGGGAACUAAUGGGAAAGUGACUUAAAAAUGUUUCACUGACGGUUUGUUCUAGGACUAGUCUACUAUCAGUUAAAGUAUUUUUAACGAGUCAAAUAAGAAAUUAUAAUAUUUUUGCAUGUAGCCAAAAUAAACAUUAUAUCUAAUAAUCUGGUAGAGGUAAUAAUAUAAAUCUAAAAUCCAUGUGUUUAAUAUGAUCUGAAUUCUAUUUUCCAAUUUGAUUAAAAAAUGCAGUGUAGAUUCAGAAAGGUCCAUAUUUUUCUAAUGACUUCAUUUUGUAUUAUUUCAUUGGGUUCAUAGAGCAAGGAAAUGUAUUUGUAUUAAAAGAUUAAGAAAGCUAUUAGUGAAGUUUUUUGUUUGUAAAUGAUUGCAGAUGAGUCUAUGCAGAUGAGUUCAUUAAAAUAAAAUGCAGAUACUGUUUAUCAGUAAUCGUUAAUAUGCUUUUAUUCAAAAAAAAUUUGAAAUACUAUUUACUUUGGCUCUCAUUAAGUCCCAUGAAUCUUGUAUUUGUUUCUCCUAAUAAUCCUGGACCAUUCUUUGCUUUGUUUUUACUGGUUUAACCUUCAUUAACAUGAAGAAUGACUAUUUUCUACCUUUUUUCAAAACUCAUGAUUUAUUAAUAAAUAAAAACAAGAUUCUUAUUG